GGUGCACAAGAUAAGCAUGGCGUCGACAGGAUGAAUCGGCCUAGAAACUGAACCAUAUUACUUUCUUCAGUGUUACUCUCACCUCAAAGGAGGACGGCAACACAAUGGAGCCGCAAGCGAAACGCCGGAGAGAGUCGGCGUGCGACACUGACUCCUGGGUCGCUUACCCCGUACUGUCAGAUGAGCAGUCACAAGACGUGGAGUUGAUAGAGGCGUUCGCUGCGCCCAUUGUCGACAAGAAGGAGACAUCUCGACUUGUCAAGGAGCUGAACAGCCUCCACCCGCUGAACGGCCUGCCGCACAUCAAGAGGGUGCGGGCUUGCAAGGAGAAGGGCAGCCGCCACCCUCUGGAAGUCCUCGUGUGCCUCGUUAGUGAUGCACCAGACAUGAAGGUGGUGAGCAUCGACUCGCUGCUGCCCUCAGAUGGAGUUGGACAUGAUGGAUUAGGUGAGCCUUUCGUGGUUAAGGUCCCUUCACGUCCCCCCUUGACCCGACCUCAGUUUGAACUGGCGAUCAAACACUGGCCCACCUCCUUUCACGAGGAUAAGCAGGUGACCGUGGCUCUGAGAGGAGAGCUCUUCAACCCACAUCAAAAAGCUUCGAUGCACAUGUACAUGAUGUCUGCUGUCGCUGCUGCCAGAGCUGGAAAGGAGACAGGGAUGGAGGCAGUUGGGGCUGUAGUGGUUAACCCAGCCACGCAGAGGGUCAUCGCAGUGGGCCACGACUGCCGAGGCGACCAUCCCCUCCACCACGCGGCCAUGGUCUGCAUCGACCUCGUGGCUCGGAGUCAGGGUGCUGGAUGUUAUUCUUUUGACAAAUACCCUGCUUGCAGUUUUUCCUCACCAACUUCAGACACAUGUCUAAAUGAAGCUGAUGCAAAGGCCAGCGCUCAGCCGUACAUCUGCACCGGCUACGACCUUUAUGUGACCCGAGAACCUUGUGUUAUGUGUGCCAUGGCGCUGGUCCACUCCCGGAUUGGCCGUGUGUUCUAUGGGACAGGCUCCGCUGACGGGGCGUUCGGGACCAAAUUCAAAAUCCACUCCCAGAAAGAUCUGAACCAUCGAUUUGAGGUGUACAAAGGAGUCUUGAGCCGGCAGUGUGAGGAUCUUCACAGGCUGGACGACCACAUCCAAAAGCCAAGUUCAGAGGAACGUAGGUGAUGGAUGCAUCGAUCCAUAGCUCCAGAUUCUUAUUUGCAGUUACCAGAGGAACAAUCCAAUGUUUUAUAAAAGAAGUUGUUUUAAAUAAAGUUUUUAAUCCUG